CCUCUCACCCUGGUGCCAGGUCGUCCACUGUGGUUUCCUGAGUUCCGUGGUGGUCUCCUAGUGGCCGGCGCUCAGAAGGGCUCGAGAGAGUCGUGAGCUUUGUGGUACGGGUCGGUGACAAGUUUGAAACAGAUGCUGAAACGCUGCCUCCAGUGAUUGGAAGGGGCUUUCACAUUCUACUAGACUAGACUGUUCUGUGGUGACCCCUGGAACUUGGUGGGCCAUGUUGGACAGUUUUGCCCCAUCGACUCCUAAACAGCUUUCCCAGUCUACAAGCAACAAAGCCGCUUUGAUGUUUUGCUUAUUUCCAUAUCAAUAAUACAGUCUUUGUCCUGCCUGAAGAAGGUCCUGCUCUGGCAGUGUUCCACUCAGGAGAACAAAGAGUGUGUGAUCCCAGUAGCAAGAUGUCCUUGGAGCUGACGUCCGCUGCUAAUCGAGUGUCCCUGAGAGCUUGUUUACAUGACGACUGCUCUUCUCUCAUAGUUGUGAUGAGUCAUCUGUCAGUGCGUAUAAAAUACUGUUGCUCAGAGACAGUCUUUUUUUGUUUCAUCUCUUCACUGGCUCUUUGGGAAUAUGAAUCCUUGCUGGAAGAUGAAAGGUUUCAUGCUGUGACCCCACUUGCUGAGGCUGUUGAGGACAUGAAGAUGACGCUACAAAUGCAACUGAGGGAUCUCAACUAUAAGAAGCACCUGUAUCAGAAGGUGAAAGGCGCAGAGGAGAGGACGAAGAGUAACCUCCGGCUGCGGAAACAGAGGCUGAAGGAGAAGAUCGAGGCAGACGUGGGGUCGCUGGUCCGCUUCCUGCUGGACGAGAGGGACUCCAUCCUGGACAGCCUGGACGCUGAGGAAGUGAGUGUGAUGAGCGUGGUCAACGACAACUUGACGGCCGUAGAGGAAGCCUCCGCCAGCGUGCAGAAGACCAUGGAAGGCAUCUACAGCCACCUCGGGGCUGACGUCCGCACGGAGAGCCUGGCCAAGCUGAGCGACGAUUUGCUCAGCCGCUCCCGCUUCCCCACCCUGGAGCCCACCAACUGCCAGACCGAGUUCACCGACUUCACAGGUCCUUUCCAGCUGAUCAUCUGGAAGAAGAUGAUGCACCUGCUGCACACCAUGCCUCAGAACCUGACCCUGGAUCCGGACACGGCCCACCCAAACCUGCUCAUCUCGGACUUCGACACCAAAGUGGAGGAGGGCUGCGGCCGCUCCAACGAGCCGGACUUGCCGUCGCGCUUCACGCGCUUCUACGGCGUCCUGGCCACGGCGCAGUACAGCAGCGGGCAGCACUACUGGGAGGUGGACGUGAAGGACAAAGGGGUGUGGUACCUCGGGGUCACCAACGAGUGCAGCAACAGGAAGGGCUUCAUCAGCCUCACGCCCUCUGCUGGCUACUGGAGCAUCUGCCUGCAGGACCGCCUCUAUGCCAACGGCGAGCACGGCCGCUUCACCAUCGCCGACUACUGGAACUCGCCGCGCGUCGGCGUUUACCUGGACUACGACCGCGGGCGCGUGAGCUUCUACGACGCCGUGACCAUGAAGCGCGUCUUCAUGUUUGAGACUCACUUCACGGAGCCAGUGACCCCGUUCUUCAGUCCGGGGAAGAACGACCCGUACAGCCGGAUUCAGAUCUGCCACUACUACUGAGCUGCGUCCCAGUUGGCCCGUGCGCUCGGACUGGCGCUGGCCCCGCCGCCGCCGCCUCAGCUUUUCUUCUGCGAGGAGGCCCGCGUGACUCCAGCUCACGCUGCUGUCGGCGGCCAAUGGAAAGCAGUCGCCGUGGUGGCCUCUCCAAGUCCGCGUCACUUCUAGCCUUUUUUUAUACGGAGUGCCAGCUGGUUUACUGACGUGAACUUGGCUUUUCCUCCGCGUUCUACAUCCGUGUUUCGGUUCACUUCACAGUUUGUUUUUUUUUUUUUUUUUUUAAGAAGCUUUUACUGAUUUUAGUGGAAGGUGAGGUUGCAGAGCUCCUGACUGUACGUGUAUUUCCUCUGCUUCUUCACCUCAUGUGACCUGCUUGUAUCCUCUGCUGAUAGAUAAAACCCUUCUCUGAA